AUGGCCAUCUACCAUGACUGGGCGCACUCAUACGACACCAAGAACUGGGACCAGCUUGCUACCGUCAUUGCCCCUACCCUCCGCAUCGACUACCGUUCUUUCCUCAACAAGCUGUGGGAAGCCAUGCCGGCGGAAGAGUACUUGGCGAUGGCCUCCGACCCUCGUGUGCUUGGCGACCCUCUCCUCAUGACGCAGCACUUCUGCGGUGCCACCAAGUGGGAGAAGACGGGCGAGGAUGAAAUCACCGGCUACCACCAGCUGCGCGUGCCGCAUCAGAAGUACACUGACAAGAGCCGCACAAAGGUCGCAGUCAAGGGCCAUGCGCACAGCUACAACACCCACUGGUACAAGAGGAUUGAUGGCGUGUGGAAGUUUGCCGGUUUGAACCCGGAUAUUCUUUGGAGCGAGUACGACUUCGACAAGGUGUUCGAGGCGGGUCGCCACGAUAUGGGUGAUAAGUCCGACCAGCAGGCUAUGGGUGUGCCGCCGGAGGAGAUGAAAAAUGAGCUCAAGUAG